UGUUUACCACGGAAGCUCUGUAUAGUUUAAAUUCCUAAUUAGGACUUAAAAUUGGCUGUUGUCGAUCGUGGAACGUGUGUGUUUAGUUUCUAAGGACUGAUUGGACAAAAAUUAUGAAGGGCGCUCAGCCCAAAGGCUCGGGUACGGAACAAGACCCUGCUGAAGAGAAGGUCGAGAAUCAGUACAAGGACGAACAGGAAACUUCCGAAGGGACACCAGAAAAACCCAGGGAACCGGAAGAACCUGCAGAACAACAUCUUCCGGAAACCCCUAAAGGGGAUGACACCGGAAGUGAUGUCGGUGAAGGACGAUCCGAAGUUGUAGCUGAGGUUAGUACCGACAGUCUUGGUACUGAUGAUUUGAACGGAAGUGGACCUUCGGAAGCCAAGAGUGAACCGGAAGAGGGAAGUUUAAACAAUUGUGACUCUACAGAUGGUGUAAUUCAGGACAAAGACGAAGAAGAGGCAGACGCCAACGGUGAGGAUACGAACGUUUCUGAGGCAGAAGAAAAGUCAAGAGGAGUCGGAUUUAUUGACGAAACAAAUGAAGCAGAGCUAUUUGCAAGUAUUGAAGAAGCCGAAAUUGUUCCGGAAAUAGUUACGAAAAAGGUAGAAGCACCCGUUUCACCGAUCGUGAGAAGUUAUUCAUUAACAGAAGGCGGAGACUUGGGAUUGGUGGCCAUCAACGGUGAACCGGUAUUACCGGAACCAAAGGAGGAGGACGAACCCUCCAACACUGUACCCAUUGAAGGGACUUCAGUGGACCAGAUUGAUUUCCUGGAAACCGAACCGGAAGUUAAACAUGAAAGCGAAGGCAAAACCUUUAUAACAGAAAGUGUCGAUGAAGGCAGUAGUGUUGAUAUUGCUGUUUCUGAAGUGAUCAACUCGACGUUUGAUACGAACAAGGUGAAUAAUGAGACAUUUGACAAGGAUAAAAAUGAUACAACUUUCGAUAAACCGGAUGUAACCGAAGAUAAGUCUAAUACAGAAUUAUCUUUCUCAACGGAAGGAGGAAUUGAUACCAGGGACGGAUCGGAUUUACCCGAAGAAGUUAGUGAAAUCAUUUUGGAAAAAGUUUCCAGUAAAUUGGAAACAUCAGUAGAAUCUGACAGCAAGCCUCAAGAAAACAGGCUUUCAGAAAUAAAUGGAGGUACUGAAAGUUUGAACUCUAUACAGUCAAUAAAUAUGCCUGAGAAAACGGAACAAGAGGGGCUUGCACCGGCUCUGCAGAGCGCCACCUGCCGGUACCGAUGGGCCAAAAAUCUAGAAACCAGCAGCCUCACUAUAAUGUUUUUCUCCUCUCUGAAAAUGGAGGAGCCUGUGAAGCUGACCUGGACGGAAGGUUCCGAAUGUUUUUAUUCGGAAGAGUAUGAGAUUCCUUGUGGGGUAUAUAAGGGGAAUCUGGUGGUCGACGGACGGACCUACCCCGUGGAGGAUAUCACCGUCAAACACUACACAUUCGAGGUGGACCUCUAUGUCAAAGAUGAUGUGAUUGAUGAUGAGGGAGAACCAGAUCGACCUGUUUCGUCACCAUUUAAAUCCGAUGAUGUAGUAGAUGCGUAUCGGGACGUCAAUACAGAUAAUUCCCAAUACAGGGGGUCGGACUCCAGGUCAGAUCCAGUCAUCCACAUCUCCAACAAAUACCAGGAACUCAUCCGUCAACAACUCACAAUGACACAGUCCAUUGAUAAUCUGGAAAUGGAAGCCAAGAUGGCUGCCAAAUCAGACGGACAGGGUGAGGGUGACUUCACUUCCACUGGGAGACAGAGUCCACUCGGAGACAAUGCCACCGAAUCGUUCCAAGAUGGUGGAUCUAAUAUAUAUAAUAACGAUCAGAUGGAUGCUAUAAAAGGAAGUUUGGAUGCCUCUGUGAUUGAGGAUGAGGUGGAGCGAUCUAGCAUUCCACAAUCACACCACUCGUCUUUUGAAAAUAGGUCUGCAGGAAGUCCCUCACGACAGACACCUACGAAUCCUUACGGUGGUGAGGAUCGUAGGUCACCCCUUAAGUCUAACGAACCUUCCCUCAAUGGAUCAGGUAAACACACACCAAUUGAUGACGUAAUCAACAACAUGUUUGAGCAGAGGUCGGGGUCAGUGCACUCUCACACCAGCUCAGCAAGACAAACCCCACAGGAGGAAAUAGUUAUAAAAGAUGUGCUGAGCAGACAACUGACACCCACACGCUCUCCUGUCCAAUCCUACCAUGGUUCGGACAAGCAGAGCCCCACCUUUGUUGGAGAUGUGUUAGGGCAAUCAACACCUGUAGCUAUUUCAGAACAUUCUGGGUCCCAACAAGGCUCAGCUAGACAGACACCUGUCAAAUCCACUCAUUCAUCUGCAAGACAGACACCUCAACCAGUUGAGGAUGUGAUUGGGAACACUAGUCAAAGCAUCCUCAAUGGUUCGCCUGCUCCUGGUAGUUAUCAUGGGUCUGUUCCAGGAAGUUACCAUGGUUCUGCCACAGGAAGUCCAGCACCUGCUAGUUACCAUGGUUCUGCCACAGGAAGUCCUGCACCUGCUAGUUACCAUGGUUCUGCCACAGGAAGUCCUGCACCUGCUAGUUACCAUGGUUCUGCCACAGGAAGUCCAGCACUUGCUAGUUACCAUGGUUCUGCCACAGGAAGUCCUGCACCCGUUAGUUACCAUGGUUCUGCCACAGGAAGUCCAGCACCUGUUAGUUACCAUGGUUCUGCCACAGGAAGUCCAGUACCUGCUAGUUACCAUGGUUCUGCAUCUGGGAGUCCUGCUCCUGGAAGUUACCAUUUGUCUGGCGUAGUAAGUCCAGGGAGCUACCAGGGUUCUCUCAAAGGAACUCAAGACCAAGGCAGUAUCCAUGGAUCUGCUGCUGGAAGUCCAAGGAGUUACCAUGGAAGCCAAGGGUCUGGAAGUCGACCUCAGAGUCUUACAAGUGAACAGGAGCUUACACAGUAUUUCUCUGACAGAAGUGACCCAAGGCGAACUCCCACUGGCCAACAGCAACAGAUGACGUCUGCAUCUCCAGCUGGUUCAGGGGCAAGACCAGGGUCAGAUAGGAGUGAAAGGUCAGGAAGUGCAGCAAGCUUACCUGUGAUAAAUACACAACAGAGGAUACAGACAGAAAAACGCAGCAUGACCCCCGACAACCACAUCAGAGUCCCUGGUUCUCCAGGGCUCAGAAUGUCACCCCUGGCUACAGGGUCAGGUCAAAGGUCAGGAGCUGCCUCAAGGUCAAGCACUCGCACUAUCACACCAACAUCUGCUGCCAAUGGUUACCAUGUCAACGGAGAACAGGAAGACAUACAUACCAGAAGAAUCCAGGAGUUGGAGGACACUGUCCGAAACUUGAGGAAGUUGUUGGGCAGUCGUGAGAUGGAGGUCAAAGAAAUAACAAUCCAAGCAAGUGACCUCAAGGAGAUGAACAUCUCACUCAAGGAGGAGUUGGAGCUGGCGCGGAAUCGAGCCGCUCCAGGUAGUCGUGGAAACCUUGCUGAGUGGGAGCGAAAAUAUAACCAACUUAUGGAUGAGAAAGAGAUUCUGGCAGGAGAAGUAGUUAAACUUCGGGACCGCCUUGAGGAGACAGGCCAAAUGGAGAACAGGGACGGGGAGAGCAUGGGACUAAGUAACUACAGUCCGAAUAAUCCCUACGCCCUCCAGAGGAAAAUUGAAGAGUUACAAAGCCACGUUCAGGACCUCCAGGAGGCCAAUGAAUCUGCCGUGGCGGAACUCUCCAAUGUGGAGAAAAAGUGUAAGGAUCUAGAAGCAGAAAACGAAAAACUUUCCUCUCUCAAGGACACGAAUCUAUCGGAUCUGCAAGUGGAGAAUCGCAGACUACACGACAAGAUUUCCACAUUAUGGGAACAAGGAUAUGGUGAUGGGGACCGUCGACUCAGGGUCGAAGUUCAACAAUUCAAGGAUGACAACCGUGCCCUUAAAGAACGUAACUACAAACUUCACGAAGAAAAUCUAGCACUCAGGGAGGAAGUCAGUCAAAUUCGUAAAGUUUUAGAGGGGGUAAGCCCAAAACAAGAUGAUCCAAAGUUAAGAUACACUGAUGAUCGACUGAGCCAAUCAGAAAGCAAAUUACGGUAUGCUGAUGAUCGACUUGGCCAAUCAGAAGUCUCCAAAUUGCGUUUUUCUGAAGACAGACUGAGCCAAUCAGAACGACUCCCACCGAAGGAGAAGUUGCUAAGUCGAGAAGAACUUGAUCUGACAUACAGAAGGGUUUUGGAUAAAGAAAAGGAGGAUAGGCAAAGGUGUAGUUAUGAAAAAGAUGACCGCUACAGAAGAACUUUAGAAAAGGGUGAAGGUUUGAAGAGUAGUCUGAAAAAGGAUGACAGGUUUUAUAGACUGGAGAAAGAAGAACGAUACAAAAGUAGUGUUGAUAAAGACGAUAAAUAUAGAUCUGAAAGAGAGGAAUAUAAACUUCUUAACAGUACAGAGGGCAAAUCUCCUCAUUACAAGAGUUCCAGUCACCCAGAUGAUUCUAAAUAUAGGUAUGAUCCUCCGUUGGACAAACUUACACAAUAUGAGUUAUCUAGGUCAAGGUCAGACAGAUAUGACCAGGACUACACAGAAAGGUCAAGGUCAGAAGGUUAUAGGUCAAGGCCAGAUGGUGGUAGCACAUCUGGAGAGAAAGACAAUUUAGCUUCUAGUUUGAGUCGUUAUGACAAGCCAACUACACCUGAUAAACAGGGCUACAGCAGCAGAGACAAGUCUGAUCAACGAGACAGGAGCCUGAAAGACAGUUAUUCUGUGGAGGUUCAGAAAUACUCCUCGGGUCAGGAAUACAGAUCACUGGCAACAUCUUACUCCGAACUACUCAAACUGACGCAGCAGAACUCUUUAGGAGAUAAAAGAGAAUGGUCACGAUCAGAGGCAGACCUUCACGCUGCCCACACUAGGGGGCGCUCCGAAGCAGAUCAUCAUGUGCACUCUAGAGGGCGGUCCAGAGAUGCCCCAGAGCGGCGCUACUCUGGGUCGGUCCCGCGAGGCCGGGCCCCGUCACCGCCACCAUCAAGUCGCCAUCAGCAUGUUUCACGACCUCGUAGUGCACAAUUGCCGCGUCCUGUGUAUGGGUGGGAUGACGAGCUGCACAGACGAACAAACUCUGAGCGUAGCGACUCCACCGCCAUGCUGACUGCUGGGUACACCAGGUCCGAUGUAGGACCACCUCCUCCGUACCGACCUAAAGACAGCUACGAAAGGAGGGACACAGAUAGAGAGUACAUUGCCUUGAGAAAGAGCACAUAUGCUGAAGACAAAGGUGAUGUGAGUGACACCGGGACAGAUAUCCUGGUAAAUGCUCAGCCGUUCGACAAACAAAUGGUGCCACCAUCGCCACAACGAUCAGAAUUACAUCCGCGCCACCACUCGUCAAACCACCGUAGACACAGACGCAGACAUGACUCGCUGCAAUCGGACGGCUCUGACUCCUCAGCCGACGAUGUUGACGAGCAGAUUACAAGUCUGAGGCGGAGAUCAAAGUCGGCAGAUGGACGAGAACUAAGGAAGAGGUCUGCACCCCCAGGAAGUAUGGGAAGGUCACAUCCUCCAGCCCCAACCAAGAGCGGUGAAAGGCCAAACUUCAGCAAGACGUGUCCUCUGACCGGGCCAGCAGGGUUCCGAUCGGUCACUCCAGGGGUCAUUCCUACACAACACAACAAGAACAUGCUCUCAGCAUCCUCCAGAGAGUCGGUACCUUUUAUGCAUCAAACCUACUACAGAAGUGCCAAAUCAGCUCCAAGCACAGAUAAUCUUCUGUAUGAUGAAGCUUACAUAGAACUUCUCAAGAGCGCAUUUGGUUGCGAUCAUGACAAAAUGCCUGCACCGGGUUCUCUGGUGACGUUGACGACAGGGUUACGCCCCUUUGCUCCACGCACACCUGGUGAUAUCCACAUGGAGGAUGUUGUGAAGUUCUCCCGACAGGGAGGUAAACUUAGUCAGGGAACUGUAAAGUUUGUUGGCCAUUUGCCUGGACGUAAUGAUGUUUACCUCGGCGUGGAACUUGACAAAGAAGAGGGAAAACAUGAUGGAACAUUUGAGAGUGCUCGUUAUUUUAAAUGCAAACCCAACAAAGGUGUAUUUGUAGCCUUUAACAAGGUUGUCAUGGCGUGGGCACCUUAGUCUGUAGUGGUCACUGGAACUGGACAAUGGUCAAGAUGUUUCACUUUGAUCAAGUGUCUUAACAUUAUGGACUCUUCAACUUCCUGCUUUGCUUUUAUCUGAAAGUAGAAAUGAAAGUUCAAGUAUUCAGUUACACAAAUAAGUAUGGAAACUUGAUGACAGAAGUAACCAUGGUGACCACCAAAUAAGGAACAACAAUAACACAGUAGUUACCAUGGUGACCAAACAAAUAAGGAACACACUAUCACAGAGGUUACAAUGGAGAUCGACCAAAUAAGGAACACACCAUCACAGAGGUUACCAUGGAGAUUGACCAAAUAAGGAACACACAAUCACAGAGGUUACCAUGGAGAUUGACCAAAUAAGGAACACACAAUCACAGAGGUUACCAUGGAGAUCCACCAAAUAAGGAACAUACCAUCAUAGAGGUUACCAUGGAGAUUGACCAAAUAAGGAACAUUGCUCAUCAUUGAUUUAUAGUAUCUGUGUACCAUGUGAAAAUUUAAGUUUACAUUUUAAAUGUUGUGAAAAAUGUUAACUAUUUAUUGAUGGCUGUUUACAUCUUGUAGAAACUCAGUACAUUUUUUGUACAUGUAUUUGUAAAACAAGCACCUAAAAUAAGACUCUGGGAUAAAUAUAGAAACCUUGUGAGGCAUUAAGAUAGAGUGUAAAAAUGAAAGGAAAAACAAGGAAAUGUUGGUAUAUAGAUAUAUAUAUAUAUACUGGUGGGUGAUUUAGGUUUCUGGUGAAUAUAUGUACCUCAUGUGUGUAAAUAUGUACAACACAUGUGCUGUAUGUGUGUAGAGAGGAUUGAAAGGUUGAGAAAAAUGUUGGAUGGAAAUAAAAUAAAACAGAGUGGACUAGUGCCAAGGAAAUGAUGAAAUUUUGUAUUGUGUAUAUCUAAGAUAAUGUGAAUUUACAUCAUAAUUAUUGAAAUUUGCAAGUUACACUUAAUAUCUGUGUUUUAUAGUUUGAUUUUAAAUCUAUGAAAGAACACAAAUUUUUUACAAUGUAUUAUAGGAUUUCAAUAUUCCGUCCAGAUAUUAAUGUAAGAUUGAUUUUAAAUACUGGGGUAUUUACCAGUUUUACUUUAAAUAUUUAGGUCAAUAAUUUUAUUUAAAUCAAAUUAUUUAUAGGAACAUUUAACUUAAUAUUUAAAUUUUACAUAUAACUCCUUCAUAUCUGGCUAGGUAGAAAGUCCUUUUAGAUUUUAAUGCUGAUUGGAUAUUUAAAUUAUCAGAAAUACAAUAGUAUUAUUCAUUAAUGUAUUUAUAUAGAAAAAUUACUUGUUUGUGUGGUGUUGAUGAAAACUUAAUUAGGUACACAUUUUAUAUUUAAUCUAGACUUGUAUUGAAAUUUAAUAUUUGAAUUAGUUUAGUUUGAUUAUGGUAAAAAAAUAAACAAAACAAAAAAACACAGUAGAAUUUCAUAGUAGUUUUUAAAGAAAUACCAUGCUCCAAUAUAUAAUAUGACUCAGUAUUAUUUUUAAAUAUAUUUUUCUAGGUGAAAGAUAUUUUAAAGGUAAUACCGGGUUAGAUGAUAUAUUCAACGAGAAGGAAUUUCAGCUCAGCUGCAAUCUGUGAUAAGAUUUCCAUGCAAUAUUGUGCGUGUACCAUUUUUUAUUAUAUAUAUUUUUAUUGCCAUGUUUCACUGACCAAGCACAUUGUGAUAUUGUUCCAUUCACUUCUACACCUAGAAUUCUACUUGUGUCAUUUCUCAUCAGAAUUACCUCCCCUUGAUUACCUCCCUUGGUUUCAAUGAGGAGGUGUUAAAGUUACUUGUAACACAAAUUGCCGUAUUUAUACUCCAAUAUGCACCCUCACCUAGUUAAAAUUUUGUUCUGAAGUGUAUGGAAGGCUUAUCUUUGAACCACUUUUUGGUUACUGUUUUGAAAUUGAAGAUUCUGUAAAAUCUCAAAGGGGCUUGUUUGUGGACAGGGGCUUAUUUGGGUUAAAUACAGUAAUUCUGUGACCAGAUUCAGAGUGAUUGAUGAUACAAGGAUGAA